GUUACCCGAGCGACCGCGGGGGUUCGUCCCGCCUCCGGACCUGGGUGCCAAUCGAAGAGGCGUUGCCCGGGCGACGACCCCACCUUUUCCGGUGCGGGCCCGUGGCUUCCGGCAGGGGGCCCGGCUGCGGGCGGCAGUCCAGUAGCGGCUGGGCCCGGGGGGCGCCCAAGAUGGCGGCGGGCGGCGCAGAGGGCGGCUCAGGCCCCGGCGCCGCCAUGGGGGACUGCGCGGAGAUUAAGUCGCAGUUCCGCACGCGCGAGGGUUUCUACAAGCUGCUCCCGGGCGACGGCGCCGCUCGCAGGUCGGGUCCGGCUUCCGCCCAGACCCCGGUGCCGCCUCAGCCACCGCAGCCCCCGCCCGGCCCUGCCUCCGCCACCGGUCCCGGCGCUGCAGGCCCCGCGUCGUCCCCGCCGCCCGCAGGCCCUGGACCCGGGCCCGCGCUGCCCGCCGUGCGCCUCAGCCUCGUGCGCCUCGGGGAGCCAGACAGCGCCGGGGCCGGGGAGCCGCCCGCCACGCCCGCGGGGCUGGGCUCGGGGGGAGACCGCGUCUGCUUCAACUUGGGCCGUGAGCUCUAUUUCUACCCAGGCUGUUGCCGCCGUGGGAGCCAACGGUCCAUUGACCUCAACAAGCCAAUUGACAAGCGGAUCUACAAGGGCACCCAGCCCACCUGCCAUGAUUUCAACCAGUUCACUGCUGCCACCGAGACCAUCUCGCUGCUGGUGGGCUUCUCAGCGGGUCAGGUGCAGUACCUGGAUCUCAUCAAAAAGGACACCAGCAAGCUGUUCAAUGAGGAGCGGCUGAUCGACAAGACCAAGGUGACGUAUCUGAAGUGGCUGCCGGAGUCGGAGAGCCUGUUCCUGGCAUCACACGCCAGUGGCCACCUGUACCUGUACAACGUCAGCCACCCCUGCGCCUCGGCCCCGCCCCAGUACAGCCUGCUGAAGCAGGGCGAGGGCUUCUCUGUCUAUGCUGCCAAGAGCAAGGCACCCCGCAACCCGCUGGCCAAGUGGGCGGUGGGUGAGGGGCCCCUCAACGAGUUCGCCUUCUCGCCCGAUGGCCGGCACCUGGCCUGUGUGAGCCAGGACGGCUGCCUGCGUGUCUUCCACUUCGACUCCAUGCUCCUGCGCGGGCUCAUGAAGAGCUACUUUGGGGGCCUGCUGUGUGUGUGCUGGAGCCCCGACGGCCGCUACGUGGUGACGGGUGGCGAAGAUGACCUGGUCACUGUGUGGUCCUUCACCGAGGGCCGCGUGGUGGCUCGAGGCCAUGGCCACAAGUCCUGGGUCAACGCUGUGGCCUUUGACCCCUACACCACACGGGCAGAGGAGGCGGCAACAGCAGCCGGUGCUGAUGGGGAGCGGAGCGGCGAGGAGGAGGAGGAGGAGCCCGAGGCUGCAGGCACAGGCUCGGCCGGGGGCGCCCCGCUGUCUCCACUGCCCAAGGCUGGCUCCAUUACUUACCGCUUUGGCUCGGCAGGCCAGGACACGCAGUUCUGUCUGUGGGACCUCACUGAAGACGUGCUCUACCCGCACCCGCCCCUGGCCCGCACCCGCACCCUCCCUGGCACACCUGGCACCACGCCACCGGCCGCCAGCAGCUCGAGGGGUGGCGAGCCUGGCCCAGGCCCCCUGCCUCGCUCGCUGUCUCGCUCCAACAGUCUCCCGCACCCGGCGGGCGGGGGCAAGGCGGGCGGCCCGGGUGUGGCGGCAGAGCCUGGCACACCAUUCAGCAUCGGCCGCUUCGCUACGCUCACACUGCAGGAGCGGCGGGACCGGGGGGCUGAGAAGGAGCACAAGCGCUACCACAGCCUGGGCAACAUCAGCCGGGGUGGCAGUGGCGGCAGCAGCAGCGGUGGGGAGAAGCCCAGCGGCCCUGUUCCCCGCAGUCGCCUGGACCCCGCCAAGGUGCUGGGGACCGCGCUGUGCCCGCGCAUCCAUGAGGUGCCCCUGCUGGAGCCCCUUGUGUGCAAGAAGAUCGCCCAGGAGCGGCUCACAGUCCUUCUGUUCCUGGAGGACUGCAUCAUCACUGCCUGCCAGGAGGGCCUCAUCUGCACCUGGGCCCGGCCGGGCAAGGCGUUCACAGACGAGGAGACCGAGGCCCAGACAGGGGAAGGAAGUUGGCCCAGGUCACCCAGCAAGUCAGUGGUAGAGGGCAUCUCCUCCCAACCAGGCAACUCCCCGAGUGGCACAGUGGUGUGAAGCCAUGGAUAUCGGGCCCCCCCACCCCAUGCCCCCAGCCUCCUAGCCAUAACCCUCCCCGCUGACCUCACGGAUCAACGUAUUAACAAGACUAACCAUGACGGAUGGACUGCUCCAGUCCCCCCACCUGCACAAAAUUUGGGGGCCCCCCAGACUGGCCCGGACACUGGGGCGAUGUAAUGGCCCUUGUGGCCUGAGCCUUGUCCCCCACCCACUGCCAAGUACAAUGACCUCUUCCUCUGAAACAUCAGUGUUACCCUCAUCCCUGUCCCCAGCAUGUGACUGGUCACUCCUGGGGAGAGACUCCCCACCCCUGCCACAAGAGCCCCAGGUCUGCAGUGUGCCCCUCGGUUGAGUGGGCAGGGACAGGGGUGGUCCAGCCCUCGCCCGGCCCCCACUCCAGCCACCCUUGCUAUUGUCUGUGCUUUUGAAGAGUGUUAAAUUAUGGAAGCCCCUCAGGUUCCUCCCUGUCCCGCAGGACCUCUUAUUUAUACUAAAGUUCCCUGUUUUCUCA